AUGUAUAAAACAGGUGACACACCAAAGCGACCGUCCGCAACUACAAAAAUUAGGCGGAUCCCGAGAAGAGCACACGAAGAUCAUCGCUUUAAACAUUCACGAAUAUCGCCAGUUUCUUCACAGCAAAAGGAUGGAAACGAUGUUGAAUACAACUCGUUAACAACAAAGGAUGCUUCACUUUUUGACUCCGAUGAUUCUGAUCUGGGCACCCAGAAGAAGGAAAGCCCAGUUUUAAAUUUGGGUAAGGCUAAGAAGAAAACAAGCCAAAGGAAAAAGGUUACAAAGCCUAAAAAGAGAAGAAAGCAAGGGGGUAGAAUUAAACGAAAUCUAAGGAGCAACGACGUCAUUCUGAUUACGAACAGUGAUGAUGAUAACAAUGAAGAUGAUGAUGACUUUGUCUUUGAAGAUGACCGAACGGUUGUCAAGUCAUACACUCAAAAUGUCCAUCUUUCGUCUAUGCAUCAGUCUUGGGUCCCUCUAACUCCAAAUAUUCAACGGCGUAUCGGAGACAUCAUCUCCCUUUUCACCGAUCAAGUCGUAUCCUCUAUGCAUUUUAGCAGUGUUAAAGAAAGGCUUCGCUUUACAUCAUUGGUGCGAGAGAAGGUUAUUGACCCAUUAAUGAAAAAAUUUAAGCACGUAAAGCUUCCACCCGGGAUUACGGAGGAUCAAUUGGAUCAGGAGCAGAUGCAGAGAGAAACUCAAGAGUUACAAUUGUGCUAUGAUAAGAACCUUAUUAUGUUGCAGCGCUUAAAGUCUGAGUUGCAAAAGGAAAAUGAGGCAUUGAAGGCAGAAACUAAAUAUGCCUCCGAUUACGCGACCAAAACUGGGUUGAGUUCCCGUAUGAUGCAAAAAAGCCUUAAAGAAGCACAAGUUCUUCUUGAGGAUGAUAAAGAGAACUCGGAAAAUAAUAUUGAGCCAAAGGAACUUUCACGGAUUGGAGGUGACAAGCAAAGUUUUAUCACAGACUCUCUUGACUUUAAACAUAAUCGGUAUUACAAUCCUGAAGAGGAUGAUGAAUUGAUUGAUUUAUUGAGCACCUUCUCAUCGAAAUUAGCCGAUCGUUCCAAAAUCUCACAGAGUGCAAACGAGUUUGAGGAAGUGCUCAACCAAGUACACAACUUAUUGGGGUUACUUGAUAAGAAUGUCGAUUCUUCAAUGAAUUGA